AUGAAUCAAAGUUAUUAUCAUAAACUAAAUAGUAGUUUAACACCUGGAAAGAAUAAAUAAAGUAAUUUAACAUAACUUUAAUUGUAAGACCUCAUAAAAAUAAUUAGAAACAUUAGCAAACAAAUAAGAGAUUCAACUGAUAAUAAUAAAAAAAGUGACUCUUUACUUAAUAUACUCAUUAAAUAAUAAUAAUAAGCAAUUUAAUCAGAUAGAUAAUUUAGUAUAGAAAGAUCUAUAAAAAAGUCUCCCUUAGAAACGUAUUCAUUAUUUAUAUUCAGAUCACCUUAUAUAUAAAAGAAUACAGCAAUUGUUUCAUCUUCACUUUCAUUUAUCAGAAGAAGCACAGAAUAAUCAUAGAUGGGUGGUAGUACAUAAUUUGAUAGAUUACUUAAUGAAAAUACAACAUUGUUAAUGAAGAUUUAAGAAUUGGAAUAAAAAGUAAAAUACAUUUUUAAAUAGUAAGAAUUCAUUAUUAUAGAUGAAAUGUUAAUCUUCUAGAAAAUAAGAUAUUUUAGUUAAAAAAGAAAAUAUAACUAAUGAUAAAUAGUUAUUAUUAUAAAUAAAUUAAAAGAAUGAAAAUGAAAAUAGAAUUUUAAAAGAAUUAAUAAAUAGGUAAACUUAUUUAAUGCAUAUUCCAUCAGUUCUAUAAACAUUAUCACUUAUUAAAUGA